GAGCCGGCGCCGGCGCCAGCAGCGGCGCCGCCGCCGCUACCGCCCGCGCCCGCGCCCGCUGCGGCGGCUGCCCCGCCGCAGCCCACGGCAGCGCCGAUCCCCGUCGCCCCCUCGGCGCCACUGCCAGAGGGGUGGCACGAGGCCAUAGACCCGACCUACAACCACCCCUACUGGUACAACCCCUCCACCGGCGAGCGCUCCUGGACCCGGCCCGCGCCGCCUGCUCCCGCGCCCGCCCCCGCGCCCCAGCCGGGUGCGGGGCUGCCGCCCGGCUGGGCGCAGGGCGUGGACCCCGGGUCUGGGCAGACCUAUUAUUACAACGCAUCGCAGGGCGUCACGCAGUGGGAGCCGCCCGCGGCGCCGGCGGCGGAAUUCGAAAAGGCGGACACCUUUGAGGGCGCGCGGCCCGGCUUUGUCUUCAAGCGCGGGCCCAAGGGCGUCGGAUACUACCGGGACCGCAGGCCGGCGGUGGCGGCGGCUGUAGCACCCCAAGCGCCGCGGCCGCUGGCCCACGCAGGCAGCGCGGCGGCGGCGGCGGCGGCGCCCCCCGCCGCCGCCGCGGACGACCGCGGGCCCCGCAAGACGCGGCUGGAGCAGAUCGCCGAGGCGCAGGCGGCGCGCAACGCCGCGCUCCGCGGCGGCGGCGGGGGCGGUGGCGGCGGCGCCAGGCGGGGGCGGGGGAAGGGGGAGGAGGUCGACCCGAUGGACCCGUCGGCCUACAGCGACGCGCCGCGCGGCAAGUGGAGCAGCGGCCUGGAGAGCAGCAGGGAGUGA